AUGGCACCUCCUCUUACGGAAGGAAUCUUGGAGAAGCUCGUUGUUGUCGACCCUAAGGAUCAAAUAUGGGAGUCGACUCCCACCGUCCAAUUCCUCUCGAUUAAGCUCGUCGGGAACUCCAAUGGCACGCCCGCACCCGCCGAUGCUGACCGCCCAGACCGGUACCGAAUAAUUGUCUCGGAUGGAAAACACUUUUUACAGGCUAUGCUGGCAACCCAAUUGAAUGACAUGGUACAAACAAAUGCUAUUGGAAAGAAUACGAUUGCCACCAUUGAGAAGAUGGUUUGCAAUACGAUUGGAGGCAAACGUCUCGUUGUUAUCCUUGGUAUUCGCGUUGAGGAGGCUUCUGCGGACAAGAUCGGCGAGCCCAAGCCUCUGAAUCCUCCGAACGAUGGAGCCGCAGCUGCCGCGGCACCAGCAGCUAGCGGCGCUCCCUCCUCGUCCGCUAAUGUCUCUGCGCCUAUCCCCUCGGCCCCUGCAACUCGUCCCGGCCAGUCAGCUCGCUCGAACAAGGAAGAGCGACUUUAUCCUAUCGACGCUCUCAGCCCAUACCAGAACAAUUGGACGAUCAAGGCCAGGGUCACGCAGAAGAGUGAUAUUCGCACGUACUCAAAUCAGCGCGGCGAAGGAAAACUUUUCAGCGUGACGUUCAUGGACGAGUCAGGAGAUAUCAAGGGCACGGCGUUCAACGCCGCUUGCGAAGAGCUGUACAAUAAGGUGCAGGAGGGCAAGGUCUACUAUGUUAGCAAAGCUCGUGUGGAUAUCGCGAAGAAGAAAUUCGGGUCGAACAACCAGUACGAGCUGAGUCUCAAUGUGGGCACCGAGAUCGUGGAGGUUACCGACUCAACCUCCAUGCCGGUCAUCAAGUACAACUUCGUCACCUUGCAGGACUUGAACAACAUCGAGAAGGACCAGUUUGUCGACGUCUUGGCGGUUGUGAAAGAGAUCGGGGAAGUUGGCAGCAUCACGACGAAGGCAGGCAAACCGCUUACGAAGCGCGAGCUCUCUCUCGUGGACCAGUCAAACUUCGCUGUCCGCAUGACUCUCUGGGGAAAGCAAGCCGAGCAGUUCCAGGCUUCGGAGCAAGACGUCAUGGCCUUCAAGGGAGUUAAAGUCGGUGACUUCGGUGGCCGCUCUCUGUCGAUGAUGUCUUCGAGCGUCAUGGAAGUCAAUCCUGAUAACAGUCAAGCACAUGCGCUCAAGGGGUGGUAUAUGGACGGUGGUGCCGACACGACUUUCCAGGCCUAUUCCGGUGGCGGGGCUGGCGGACAACGCACGGACCAGAUGCGCACGAUCGCGGAUGCGAAGGCGCAGACAGCUGAGGUAUCAGAGAAGGCCGAAUACUUCUCCAUCCGUGCCACUGUCAUGAACGUCAAGCCGGAGAACAUCGCGUAUCCGGCUUGCCCUUCGCUAAACUGCAAUAAGAAGGUGAAUGACGAAGGGAACGGGUGGCGGUGCGAGAAGUGUGAGAAGACCUACCCCGCCCCCGAGUACCGAUACAUCAUCUCCAUGGCUGUCGCCGACAUGACCGACGAAAUAUGGUUGCAAGGUUUCAACGACGCCGGUAACACCGUUCUUGGUAGGACAGCCAAUGAGUUGACGGACUUGCGCGAACGUGAUGAGGGAGCAUUCAUGCUCCAUAUGCAGUCCGCUUCGGGUAAAUCCUAUGUUUUCACCGUCCGCGCGAAGCAGGACACCUACAAUGAUCGCACUCGGGUUCGCUACGGAAUUGUGAGGAUCGAGCCCAUUGACUACGUCAAAGGGAUCAACGACUACCUCACCCUUCUCAACUCCUCUUGGGCCCAGUAG